CAGCCUCGUUCGCAGCAGCCGGUCUUUCUCUGUCGGGGUCUGGUAAAUUCAAAACCCCAAUCUCGCCCUUUUCUUUUCCAUCAUAAAUUUGACUUCAUUGUGGGACAAGACUGCAAGAUCUCAAUCCUCAUCAACUGAUCAAUUUUCGUCUUUUUAACAUUUCGAGGAAAAUAUUUGCGAUCCAAUAACGCUCUGAAUCGUGUGUCUGCUACUGUGGGCUUCUGUUUUGGUUCUGGGUUUGGUGGUUUUGGUUUGAAAUUUCUGGUGACUGAUUUCGUUGAUUGAAGAAGGUAACAAUACAAAAUAUUUUGGAACACAAAAGGGGAAACUUGUUUUAUUAGCCGCUCUGUGAGAAGAAGAGCGGUCGACGGCCGGAAUGGGGACGGGUUCCAAGAUCGAUGGACCUUCUACCCCAUCAAUUCGACGAGACCCUUAUGAGGUAUUGUCCGUGGCAAGGGACGCAAAUGAUCAGGAAAUAAAAACGGCUUACAGAAAGCUCGCUCUCAAGUAUCACCCUGACAAGAAUGCUAACAAUCCUGAAGCAUCAGAGUUAUUUAAAGAGGUUGCAUAUUCUUACAACAUCUUAUCUGAUCCAGAGAAGAGAAGACAGUAUGACAGUGCAGGAUUUGAGGCACUUGAUGCUGAUAACUUGGACAUGGAAAUCGAUUUGUCAAAUCUUGGAACUGUUAACACAAUGUUUGCAGCUUUAUUCAGCAAGCUGGGUGUCCCUAUCAAGACUACCAUCUCAGCAAAUGUUCUUGAAGAAGCCCUUAAUGGCACAGUUACAGUCAGACCCCUUCCUAUUGGAACGUCAGUUAGUGGAAAGGUAGAGAAGCAAUGUGCUCAUUUUUUUGGUGUGACGAUAACUGAGCAGCAAGCUGAGGCCGGGAUUGUAAUAAGAGUGACUUCAACUGCACAAAGCAAAUUCAAACUGCUCUACUUUGAAAAUGAGGCAAAUGGUGGGUAUGGUUUGGCGUUACAGGAAGAUAGUGAGAAGACUGGCAAGGUGACAUCCGCUGGCAUGUAUUUCUUACAUUUUCAAGUAUACAGAAUGGAUUCAACUGUGAAUGCGUUAGCAAUGGCGAAGGAUCCUGAAGCUGGUUUCUUCAAAAGGUUGGAAGGUCUUCAACCUUGUGAAGUCAAAGAAUUAAAGCCUGGCACUCAUAUAUUUGCUGUUUAUGGAGAUAACUUCUUUAAGACUGCUAACUAUACAAUUGAAGCUCUUUGUGCAAAAUCUUAUGAGGAUACCUCUCAAAAGCUUAAGGACAUCGAAACUCAAAUUCUUAGAAAGAGGAAUGAUUUGCGCCAAUUUGAAUCAGAAUACAGAAAGGCAUUGGCACGCUAUCAAGAGGUGACUGAAAGAUAUGCUCAAGAAAAACAAUCAGUAGAUGAACUUCUGAAACAGAGAGACACUAUCCACUCUUCCUUUACCGUCACUAGGUCUCUCUCUGUUAGUGGGAACAGUAGUAAUUUAAGUAAUGGAAGUAGUAGCAAAAUUGCGGGUGAGGAUUCCAAGGCAGAGAGCCCUGUGGAAGAUGGAAGCUCAGAUGGGAAGGAUAAAUCAGGCAAAAAGAAAUGGUUUAACCUCAAUCUUAAAGGCUCUGAUAAGAGAAAUUAACUUGAAAGGUGCUUGGUGUGGCUUGUUUGGAUUAUAAUCAGAGCUAGAGUGCAAGUCCUGGUAUGUAUCAUUACAGUUAGCAGCCUGCAGAUGCUUCCACUUGCGGUUCAUGUUGAACCUGUUUCCGUUUUUCUUGGUUCUCCCAAGAUUGUAGACUGGGUUUGCGUUUAAUCUGUUUAUUGGUUCUGUGAUGCAUUCCAAGGUAUAUGUUUAUUUCCAUAUUCUUAUCUUCCCUUGAUACUCACAUUUUAGAAUUCUCACGUAGCAUUUUGAACAUAUAGUUUUCUCAUUGUAAUCAUAUAUUCAUUCUUCUUGUACCAAAUAGUUAUUUUCUUCAGCCGGGGUUACCUUCUAUAAUUCUA